UCCUUGUAUGGUCUAAGCAGUUUAGGUUUGAAUGUGGGAAUCAAGGUGAUUUAUUCUAGUUAUCGCUGAACAAUAGUACAAUCCCAGUUACUAGCCAUUCCUUGGCAUUUUAUGGCAAUCCUUUACGUAGUUGUAUAUAUAAACGAACUUUUACUCGGGAGUGCGGCAUUUGAGGUAGCCUAUGUGUAAAGCCUAUCAACGCGUAAUAACGCAGCCGUUUUAACGCUGUUUUAUGUUUUGAAAGUAAGCCACGCCCCUUUCCUCCGUCUCAAGAGUUUUGUCACUCCCCCAAGCCAACCAACAGCCUAUCAGCUUCGCCCAAGCCCUCCCAUUCCACAAUGCUUGAUUCUAUAAAGACGUUUUGUUAUGCAAAAUAGUUCGUCUAAAAUAUCCCCCUAGCAACGCAGUUCUGAGCAGAGAAUCACCGGGACCGCGCGACGGACACAUACAACAGCGGGCAAGCGGGCAGAGUUUUUGAGUCACUUUUACCCGUCCAAACGUCAAGAGUCACCCUUGCCAAAUAAGCCACAGCGGGAUGCGUGAGCCGCAUUUCCUGAGGUAAAUCACCGAAUCUAACGGACCCUCGAUGUGCUUAACCGGAGACGCCGCCGUUCACACAGUAAAGAACUUUAUUCUGCUAUAACCUGGUGCUGCAGCUGAGGGAAACUCACAACUUGUGGAUCAUUUGAACUUUUCUUGCUAGGUCUUUGGAUGUACUAGCCAUUGACUGCAUUUACACACCAAGUGUGUCAUUUAUUUGUCCUUUUUGGGAUAUAUGCUCGUUAUUUGUAGUCUCGAGCGCCUCAAUUGGCUUUAAGACUAGAGACUUAAAGUAAAGCAUCAUGAGCCAGGCGGAUAUAUCGACGUGCUCGGCGCCUCAGAGAGUCUUCCAGGAGGCGGUGAAGAAAGGCAACACGAAAGAGCUCCAUUCACUGCUGCAGAACAUGACCAACUGCGAGUUUAACGUCAAUUCCUUCGGGCCCGAGGGACAGACGGCGCUGCAUCAGUCGGUCAUCGACGGCAAUCUGGAGCUGGUGAAACUGCUGGUGAAAUUCGGAGCCGAUAUUCGGCUGGCGAACCGGGAGGGCUGGAGCGCGUUACACAUCGCCGCUUUCGGAGGACAUCAAGACAUCGUGUUAUACCUCAUCACCAAGGCCAAGUACUCGUCCGGUGCGCGGUGAUCCGGGUCAAAGCACACGUGGGAAAGAUCGGGCUCGUUUCAUUCUAGCAAACGCCUGACGGACGCCUGCGAAGUUCCCUUGUACCUGCAACCAGAUGAGGGCUUGUCGGGCUGGUUCUUUCCACGGCCACGAGAAACUGAAACGCACAUUGUUUUUCAUGUGCGUUGGUACUAUAGCUUUUUAUUGAAUGUUAAAGUCAUCAGAUCUGGACUGUGUGGCUUUACCCGGGGCUUGACCUAUUGACCUGUCCACCGAUGUGACCGCUGGAGAAAUCAAGAUGGCACUUGAUGCUGUGCCUGAAUGCUGGAAUAUUUGAAAGGGAAAGAGGUGAACUCCAGAAUGAAGGCCAUCAUCCUCUAUUUUGGCUAAACACUGUCUUUUUAAACGAACCUUCCUUAAGUCGUUUCAUCAAUCAAAUCAUGUGGCAUGCGGCGGCGUUGGUGAGCAAUGCUAAAAAUAUGUCCUCGGCAUAACAACUGACAUGUUCUUAAGUACUGUACACAUAGCUUUACUGCGUUUCUCUGUAAAAGUAGUCCAUUGUGCUCUGCCUUCACCUAGCAGAUUGCUUUACACAGCUUUCAGGCCAGUGCGACCCGUGUCUAUGAUUAACGUGUUACUAAAAACCGCUGCUUGCGCUUUUUUAUUAUUUUUAUCAAAACGUCAGGAAAGUCGCAUUUGGGACACACUUCAUAAUCUUCUUUCAGUAUUUUUAAUUAACACCCUGGUCAUCACUGUGAAUACAGGCUGGGUUGGUUUUUUAAUUUUUUUAUUUAUGAAGGUACAUUGAGAUGAUGCAUUUUAAAUUAUGUUGUGCUUAUUUUUAAGAAUAUAGCCUAAGUGUAAGAGUAUGUAGGGUGACCUAAAGCUGCUUCGGACUCAUUACAGGCUAAACUGUCCCUUGUGGAGAUCCCCCCCAAUCCAUCUUUUAUUCUGGUUCUCUGCAUCAGCUACCUCGACUUUAAAGUAUUCGACAAUAUCAAAUAUGUGCUUUCUUUUUCAUGCCUUCUCAUUAACUCUUCUUAGUUACUCACUAGCGCUCUUGUUUUUUUUUCUUUUUUCUUUCUUUUUUGGACGUAAAAAUCGUCGACCUUUAUUUUUUGCGCGAUUAUUUCAGCGAUCUUCUUAAUCGUCAACAUAAUUUUUUUAAUCUUCACUCGGGACAAUUUAUCUCCAAAGCCAAAUUAAGACUGAUUGGUUAUACGAAACGUGGUGAUUUUUUAUUUUCUUUACCAAGCAUUGUUGAGACAUUAUAAAUGUUUUCUUUCAGCCGAUCGCUACAUAUCGCAUUUCCAUUUUUUGUUUCGAUCGUAAAAGCUAAAUGCAUCGCAUGACUAUUAAAUGCAGGGAGUUUUGUUGCACAUACAAAGUGGAGCCUUUUGCGACCCUUAGUGCCUGGUCGGGUAACUGCAGGAGCCGAGGCUUACGAAAAGUUACUACUGAGCAGGACUAUAUGAACAUUAUUAUUGAAAAGACUAUGACUUCUGCUGCAGGAAACAUCGACAGAUUCGUUCAAAAGACUGCCUGCUGCCUUUAAGAGUCAUGGCACCUGGUGUUGGUUUCAAUGCUGCUUUUGUGUAAGUUUUUUUUUUCUUUUUCUUUCUUUUUGAUACAGUGGCCAACGGUGAGUGAAUUAGGUCAAAUACCAGUCUAUUUGUGAGAAGCCCCAUGUAGUUGUAUGCAAUUGUGUGACUGUACUUUUGUGUUCAACCCCCCUCACUCACUCCUGGUUAAACUGUUUCCAACAAUGUAACCAGGGACUUUCAACUCCUCCUACACCUGGAGAUACAACAGAUGUGAUUCUCAUGAUCAUCUACUAGAUUUGAUGAUAUAGGCAGAACAAAUAUGCAUCGCUUGUCUUAAACUUGAUAUUUUUACUCUUGUCGAAAAUAUUGCACUGAUGACUGUUGUUAAUUCGUUGACUUAAGGUCGACAUUUUAUUUUUUCUAAAUAGAAAAAAGGAACACAACAAAAUACUAUUGUAUAAAAAAAGCUCCAGGUUAUAUUGUCUCUUUUUUGUGUUACGUUGUAUAACAUUACGUUUGCAAAGAUGUUUGUAUCUCUGUGAUCGGGUGUAUGUGUAUACAUAUAUAGGCUAUAUAUGGAUAUAUAUAUAGACGCUGAUAUCUCGGAGCACUUCCUUAUUUGAAGUGCUCUCCUCCUGAUGUUAAUAAAGGGGAAUAAUACUUGUGAUGGUAAGAUCAUUGUAACAAAAAUAAAUUGCACGAUGUAUAGUUGUUUUACCCCACCAUUUGUCAUAACAUUUAUGAUAUGGGGGUUAAAUGACAGGAUAGGUGUAUAUGAAUGAGUAAAAGUGCUGAUAUAUAUAUAUAUAUAUAUAUAUAUAUAUAUAUAUAUAUAUAUAUAUAUAUAUAUAU